AACAGACUAUUGUCCACUGGAAGAGUCAACAAUUUUAGUCAGCCUCCCAGUUUUAGAGCUGGAGAAUCAAAUGCCUUCCUAUCAAAGUAGUCAAAAGCAGUUGAGAGCCAACAACAGCAAAAGUCUGGACCAGGACCCAGCUCCUUCCCUCCCCAGUAGGUCUCACCAGGCUUUGCCUAUGUGAGGCUCCAAGGGCUCGGCAUCUCCAGCUGCGUCGAUUCGCCCCAGCAUUUCCGCGGAACGCUUCGAUGUUCAGGUGAGGACGAGGUAUUCUCUGCCCCAUCAUAACGAGGAAGAGACAGCGCUCAGAGAGAGCGCACCGCCCGAAGGGGGCAGCAUCGGGCUGGAGUCCCCGCCCCUGGGCGUUAAGCCCACCCUCCUCUGGCUCCGCCCACAAGAGCACUUCCGGCCCAAGGUCUCGGGAUUCUCGGGUCUAUGCUUGGCGCCUCCGCGAGAAGCCGACCAUUGGAGGCUCCGGAAGACGGUUGAGGAGGCACGCCCGCCGACCGGGGCGCAUGCGCAGGGAACAUGGAGGAACUGAGUCAAGCCCUGGCGAGCAGUUUUUCAGUCUCCCAAGACCUGAACAGCCCCACAGCCCCUCACCCUCGUCUGUCACAGUACAAGUCCAAGUACAGUUCAUUGGAACAGGGGGAAAGACGACGUAAACUCCUGGAGCUUCAGAAGUCCAAGCGACUAGACUAUGUGAACCAUGCUAGGAGGCUGGCUGAGGAUGACUGGACAGGGAUGGAUAAUGAGGAAGAUAAGGAAGAAGAAGGGAUGGACAUUGACACUGGCAAGAAGCUGCCAAGGCGCUAUGCUAACCAGUUGAUGCUGUCGGAGUGGCUGAUUGAUGUUCCUUCAGAUCUGGGACAGGAGUGGAUUGUGGUCGUGUGUCCCGUGGGGAAAAGAGCCCUGGUCGUGGCCUCCAAGGGUUCCACUACAGCAUACACCAAGAGCGGGUACUGUGUCAACAGGUUUCCAUCCCUUCUUCCUGGAGGCAACAAGCGCACCUCAACCACAGGGAAAGACUAUACAAUCUUGGACUGCAUCUAUAGUGAACUGAACCAGACCUAUUAUGUACUAGAUGUGAUGUGUUGGAGGGGACACCCCGUCUAUGACUGCCAGACUGAUUUUAGAUUCUACUGGAUGCAUUCAAAGUUACCAGAAGAACAGGGACUUGGAGAAAAAACCAGGCUUAAUCCAUUUAAGUUCGUGGGUCUAAAGAAUUUUCCAUGCACCCCUGAGAGCCUGUGCAAAGUCUUAUCCACUGAUUUCCCUUUUGAGGUAGAUGGGCUUCUUUUUUAUCACAAGCAAACCCACUAUAGCCCAGGCAGCACGCCAUUGGUGGGCUGGCUGCGCCCUUACAUGGUAUCUGAUGUCCUUGGCAUGACAGUGCCAGUAGGUCCUCUGACCACCAAGCCAGACUACGCUGUGCAUCAGCUCCAGCAGAUCAUUGAACAUAAGAGGAGUAAAAAAGAAGCCAAGGAAACAAAUUUCAGCGAGGCUUCUGAGAAUGGGCGCUAUGAACUGGAGUACCUGUCCACCCCCAGGCUGGCCAGCUCUCCCAGCAGCCAGACGGAAGCCACCAGCCUCAUGGAAAACUGACGAGCUCCUUUCUCCAAGGAACCACGAAGAGCCUCAAGCCUGCCUGUGUUCCUCUGUGAACUGCUUCCCACCAUCACUUGUCAUUCAUGUGAAGGGACAAGGCUGAGGCCUGGAGACGAGACUUGAGCUACCCUAUUCAGUCAGACACACCUGAGUACUGACAGCCUGAGCUGAGAUCCUCAUUCCCCAGGGAGGAGAUGAGCUGUUCCCAGGAUGGAGAAGCAAGACCUCAGGGUAGUUUCCCCAAUUGAUGGCAUUCAGGUUGAGUUGAGCAAUUCUAACUGCUAAAAGUGUAUCUCAGAUGUGCUAUGUAAACUUAUGGAAUUUCUAAGAACUAAGUGGUUUGUGAUUUUUAUGCCUCUCCACCCCAAUCAGGAGUGCUUGAGUGGGUCAUUUGCCCUGAAGGGUUGUGCCUUGUUUCUUCACAGAUCUAUUAUUGAGUUAGGUCUUGAGUAGGUGCAUUUGGUAACACAUGUUUCUGCCAUGAGGAGUGGGAUCUUGGUCUCUGUAUUAGUUCUGCCUUCUGAGAAGGCCAGAAUGUUUUUCUUCCCUUUGAACAUUUCCAUAAGACAAAAUUUCCUCUUAAUCAAUGAAAGCUGCCAUUUAUUUCUGUUGGCGAGAAUGUGUCCCACCUCUUGUCUGUUUAUUCCUGUCUUCUCAAGCUUCCCUCCAACUCUUGCCCAUUCUCGUUCAAUAAAACUUCUGCCUUAUCUCUAUAGGAGGAGGCAUGCUUCCAUUUCCCAUGGUUCUAAUGAGAAAGAGUACUAGCAAUAUUUAAAGGGACCCAGGGCUGAUCUUGAUUGACUAAUUCUGAAAAUGGUAGUGGGGCAGAAUUGGGAGUUAAGUGAAACAUGAUUACACCCAUUCAGCAUAUCUGCCAGAAGUAGCCAGAGUGGCUGGGGCCUAGGUGUACAUUGAAGCUGACUCUGUAAAACCCGAGAAGGAAACUUGCAGUCGUGCUACUGGCUACAGAUUCAAGAGUUUUAAUUGGGUUUUCUUUCGAUUAUAAAAUCACUCAAUGACAUUUAAAAUUAAAAAUGCUUUCUGUACCCCUUCAGGUUUCAAAGUACUCGUCACUAACAAUAGAACAACAUUUAGAUAAGUUUACAGUUCCCAUUUAUCUUGCUCUAAACUAGAUGAGGCUGAAAAAUUCAUGUCCCAGCUCAGCAAAAACAGUCCCCAGAAAUGAAGUCAGCAUGUUAACCUACUGAAUGCCGAAUACUGCUUGAGUUAAAAGGAAGUUAUUGACCCUUCUGAGCAAGAACUGCUUCUAUUGACAUGAAUGCUGCUUCUUGGUGGUAUUUGAUAUUUGACCUGGAAAAGUCAUGUAGAUUUAAUUUUUUUUUAAACUUUACCUUCUGUCUUAGAAUCAGUAUUAUGUAUUGGUUCCAAGGCAGAAGACCAGUAAGGGCUAGGCAGGGGGGCAUUAAGUGACUUGCCCAGAGUUGUAGUUAGAGGAGUCUGAGAUUAGAUUUGAACCCAGGACAUCCUUCCCCCCCAAAUCCCAAGGCUAGCUCUCAAUCCAGUGAGCCACCUAGCUGCCCCCUAGAUUUAAUUUAAAAAUUGAAAAAAUUCAGUUAAUGUGGAUAAACACCUAUAUGGAAAUGGCUGCAAAAGCUCUGCUUUCCCUCCAAAAGGCUAAUGCCCAGGAAGAAUUUUUCUUUUGACUAUUUUAUCAUUUAACUUUAUUUUGGGAGGUUUUAUUUUUUCCUCAAUUACAUGUAAAGCUUUUGAGUUCUAAAUUCUUUCCUUUCCUCCACUCUCCCCACCUUGAGAAGUCAAAAAAUUUGAUGUAGAUUAUAUAUGUGCAGUCAUACAAAACAUUUCCAUAUUAGCCAUGUUGCAAAAGAAAACUCCUACUAAAAAAAGUAAUAAAGAAAAAUUUUAAAAGUG